AUGUUAAAUAGGCAAGCAUCGCUGCCCGCCUGGCUGCCCUAUCGGCGCGCCGUGAGCGCCGCCUUGCGGCACGGCCCGGACUUGUCAGCCGCAGCCGCCCUGAGCAGUGUCCGUCAGCUCAGGACGCUGCAGGCUACCUUUCGCUGCUGGGCCCCGCAGCACCAGGAGGGGCUUGCCGUGGCCCUGUGGCUAGCGAGGGACGUCAGUGUCUGCAGAGGCUCCCAGGCCCUUGGCCUCUGCCAGCAGCGGAGCUCUCUUUGGACAGCAGCUGACAACUCUCUGCAGCCAGGAGGGCACCUGCCCAAGCCCAUCCAGGACCUGCUGGCUCUGCUGAACCAGGUGGGGCCAUCCACGGAGGGGAUCUUCCGUCUGGCGGCCAGUGAGAGCGCAUCCAGGCAGCUGCGGGAGGCCCUGGACAGCGGCAGGAGGUGCCUCUGGAGAGCCAGCCCCACAUCUGCUGGCCGCCCUCUCGAAGGACUGCUGCGCAAGAUCCUCUCCAAGCUCCUCAGCCUGGACCUCUACCAGCAGUGGAUGAGUGCCUUGAGGAAGCCCAGCAGGCAGGAGAAGGUGGAGGGGCUGAAAGAGGUGGCCAGCGAGUUGCCACAGCCAAGCCUCCUGCUGCUCAAGAGCUUGCUGGCCUCCUCCUCAGCCUGCCAGAGGAGCACAGCCUUCCCCUGGAGGUGCUGGUGGAGGCAACAGGGAAGGUGACCCAGCUGGUGGAAAUCCUCAUGGACCUGCGCCGGGAAGUGUUUGAGGAAGAGCAAGGAGCCCAGGUGACACAGGGAAGCAUGGAGAGGUUCAGAAGUCAGUUCUGCCACAAGCUGUGUGGGACAGACCAGGGAACAUCAGCUCUCAAGAACUUGGAAAAGAAGCUGCUCUCCCUUUGUAUCAAUCUCUUUGAGCUCAAAUAAACG